ACAGUUUAUUUUGUUUUGCAAAUAGCCCCUUCUUAUUACUUUAAAAUAAUAAGUAAUAAGUUUACUAAACCUUACUUAAAUAAAUAAGGCCUUUACUACGUACAUCAUGAUAGACGUAAAUAAUAAAGUUAAUUCUUUUUUUAUCUUCAACUCUACUUUCGGACCAAGGGAGGGAGAAGAAUUAAAAAGAAUACUUUUCUUUCAUCCAAAUCAAGUUAGUGUUGACGCUCAAAAAAUGCAAGUGGGAUUAUGCGAAGCUGUUGUUAAAUUCAUGACAACAUUUUCAAAUGAACCAUGUGAAGCUCUACAGACGCAAUCAAAGAGGUAUAUUUUCUAUCAGCCUGAGAAGAAUUUUUGGAUGGUUCUGGUAGUCAGAAUUCCAUAUGCAGCUAAAACUCCUUCUACACCAGGGGAGAGUAAGGAGGUGAUUGAAACAUCUGUUAUAUAUGACUUAUUAGUGUCAGCAUACAAAAUGUUCAGAAUGUUUGUUGGUCCGUUUAAAGACAUACCACCUGAAGAUAUUUAUACAAAAUGUGAACAAUUCUUCACACCAUACAUAAUGUCCAGAAAUAUUGCAAAUGACUUAAGUAAUAUUAUACAAGGGAUAAAUUAUUUACCGCUAGAAAAGAAUUCAUUUUUUAAAGUGGUGUGUUUUAUAGAUUUACUGGAAAUUACUUACCCGGAUUUUAAAUGUGUAUCUUUUGUCUACAAUGAACAGCUUAUAUGGAAUGGACUUGCAACAAAUGAUAUGUUAACAUUAUAUCAAUACUUAGUACAAACUUUACUUCCCAAACAAGUUGAGAAGGAAAUACAAGGUGGAGCUGUAACAGCUGCGGUAAGACAUGGCCGCUUUAUAAGUCCCCCAGAGGGUAUUCGUACUUCGGAAGAUCUUAAAAAACUACAUAAGGUGUACUUAAUGAGAGAAGAUGAUACUGAAAUGAAACAAUAUUAUUUAAUAAUAUACAGAACCCUCAGUGCAACAGUCUGCUUCACGAUUGAUGUAAACACUACCCUCGACCUAGAUACGUUCAAAUCUCUAGAUGCAUUUAUUGGGCCCAAACUAUCUACAAUAGCAUCCUCUAUCAGUGAGCAAUGUGCGGUUCAUGCUUUACAAAAUGCACAACUUUCAAGCUCGGAACACAAGUUUUUGUACUUCAAUCGACUGAAUCUGGCAUGUAAAACUUCAACACCUCCAUCACUGACACCAUCUACAGCAGUUAAACCAGAAGUUUUAAGUAUUAUAGCUGGUAUACAUGCUGACAGAAAAAGUCUCGGGAAUUAUGGUGAGAUUAUUAUAAAAACCCCCGACGAGUACUGGAUCACGGGAAAAAGUUCCAAUGACAGAGAAUUUUAUGUCAUAAUACAAGAAAAAAAUGCUAACUUAAAAGAUAUUGCGGAUGAGGUGAAAAGAGUAUGUGAAGAGCAAAUGAAAGGCAUUUUCUUCUAUCCUAUUUAAAACCUCGGCAUAACAAUUUAUUGUUACGUUUGGAAUUGAUUUUCAUUAAGUAAUAAAUAAAACAUAUUAUGUUAUAAAAUAUAACGUAUUUAUAUUAUUUAAAUAAAAUAAUACAGAUAAUACAUCUUAUUUACAAAUUAUAUGUAAACUUAACAAUGAAAGAAAUUUAGUCUGUUGAAACUUUGUUUUCUUCUGUCCUUGUGAAUUUUGCGUAUAUUUUCUUUAAUAGAUCUUUAUUUUCUACACUCCAUGAUAACAGUACAAAAAAUAGGCAUACCAUUCCUAUUGCUAUAUGGGUUAGCAUAUUUUUAGAAAGAUUAUGUUCAGAUGCUUUGCAGAUACAACCAGCCAAAAACAAUGUAAAUAGAAAUAACUUUCCGACGUACAGACCGUGCAAAGGUCUAUGAUCUGUAUCCUUAUGUUUAUCGUUAAUAAAAUGUACACUAUGCAAAAUCCUUGCGAACAUAUUUAUACAAUUAGAUAUAAUGAAACCAACUGGACCAAAAACGUAUGUCAAUACAUAUGACAGUAUCAGGAAACUUAUUGAGAAGAAUACCAUUAGAUAGUUGUAACUAUUCAAUUGGGCACUAGUCAUUGUAGCAAACGUGUAACAUUCUGUUAUGCCAUUGACAGCCAUUAGCACAAUAGCGAAACAAUGACUUUGAAGUAAAGUAACUGGUAAUCCACUGGCUACAAACGCUUCCCCUCCGUACAAAGUUAGUAAUGUAGAAGAAUAA